CGACCGAGCAUGUCCGAAGCCUGACACCUGCGUUCGUCCUUGCUCCACACUGAGCUGGGCAUAUCCCUCGCCGCAUUCACGCUUCGAUUCUUCGUCUCACACGAUGACGGCGCUGGAGGAAACGGCUCAACAGGACGAAUCCGCGAAGCUUCAAGAGCUCCUGCUCGUAUCCAUCACAGUGCUCGAACAGGGCGUGGACCUCGUGGAGAACGUUCUUAAGCAGGAUGAGCACUUGACAACUCACUCUCAAUACUUACCCGGAUCGACGAUAGGAAAACAUUUGCGGCAUGCAUCCGAUCAUUUCAAUUCUCUGACGGACAGUUGGGCCCAAGAACCCCCUCGCAUCAUGUCCUAUGACACUCGAAAACGAGGCACAGCGAUGGAGUCGAACUUGCUGGCAGCGAGCGAAGCUCUGAAGCAGUGCAUAUCCCAACUGGAGGAUGUCGUUCCAAAAGCCGCGAUGGACGCGCCCAUUACGCUGCAAGCCAUCACUCCCUACCCCCAAACAGUACAGACUAGCUUCGGCCGCGAGCUAUGGUUUUGCGCGUUGCAUGCUGUGCAUCAUUGGGGAAUGGUCCGAGUGAUAGCGGGGGAGCUUGGUUUCAAACUCGAAGAAUCCUUUGGCUUCGCCCCUUCGACCCUAGUUCAUCAAGGAGCUACGGAUGCACCUUUAGGGCGCAAAGCCAAGAUAUGAGAAUUACCCGUUGUUGUCCUGUUAAUGAUACUGUAACGCUUAAUUCGAUAUCUCU